CUUAAUAAAACCAAAAAAAUGGCAGACUCAUCACAAUAUAUUUUGGUAAUAAGUCUUUGCUGCAUUGGCUUUUUGGCUGGAGGGUUUGCUCAGCUCACUCCAUUUUUUUACAUGCAAAGCUGCCCAAGUGUGACCAAUAUUGUAGGAGGGGUCAUUCAACAAGCUCUGCAGACUGAUCCUCGUAUUGCUGCCAGUCUCAUUCGUCUUCACUUCCACGAUUGCUUUGUUAUUGGUUGUGAUGGAUCGCUAUUGUUGGACAGCACUGAUACAAUAGUGAGCGAAAAAGAAGGUUUUGGAAAUAUUAACUCGGCUAGAGGUUUUGAAGUUGUGGUUAAUAUUAAAACUGCCGUUGAGAAUGCUUGUCCUGGUGUUGUCUCUUGUGUUGAUAUUCUAGCCAUCGCAGCUGAAGAAUCUGUGCGCUUGGUAAAUACAAAUAAUUAAUACUACGCCAAAAUA